AUGGUAGAUGUAGAUGAGGAAAAUAAUGCAUUGCAGCAGGUUAACACUCAAGUUAGUGUAAAUUAUGCAGAUUUCCAGUUUGAUACAGAUGAGGAGGAGCAUGCAGGAAAUGAGGACACAUCUGAUGAAGAUGAUGACUCAGUAUUUGAUGAAGACUUUGUAGCUCAUGAAGACCUCCCAGAUGCAGAUCCAGAUUCAGAUUCCAUGGACUAUGAAGAAGAAGAUAUUGUAGCUAGAGAAGAAGAACAGAGGAGGAAAGUGGACAGUGAUCUGAAAGACACAAUUGCUGACAUUAAGAGGAAGAGAGCUCAAUACAUGAGCAGUACACACUGUGAAGGGGACACAUACCCUGAAGAUUUAUAUGACAUAGACUUGGAGGAAGAGGAUGAUGACUGUUAA